UUAUUCAAACAAGGGAAGAUGAAUCAAGUGGAAUGGUUAAGACCUCUUGUGAGAUCAAAGUUUUGGGAUUAUGGUGUUGUUUGGAAACUAAGAAAUGAUGAGACAAGUGCUUUGGAGUGGUUGGGUUGUUGUUGCGGUGGAGCUGAAGAUGACAUCCAAGAUGGUGGAGAAGAAGGCCAUUUAUAUAAACCCUGUAGAGAUUUGAUGUUUCAGCACUUAAGAAAAUCUAAUGCUUGUGAAGCCAUUGCCAAGUUGCCUACUACCAUUACUUUAGCUUCUGGGAUCCAUGGAAAAGUUCUAAUAUCUGGCAAAGCAAGGUGGCUCAGGCUUGAAUCAAGCUCAUCUCAAAAUGAAAAAGCUGGGACAAAGCUUCUCAUCCCAUACUUGGGUUGUCUCAUAGAGCUUUAUGUUGCAAACAAUGUACCCAGGGAUCAGAACAUCAUAGACUUUGUCAUUUCUUUAUAUAACACUACAUUGGAGCAACAAACUAUGAACCAAUUCCAAGAUUUUCUUCCAAGUUUUCCUCCCUUAAUGGAAGAACUAAAAGGCAUUCCUGUUCAUCAAUAUCUUCCUGUUACCACUCAACACAACUUUGAUCGCUCUUAUGAAGGAUCGUCAACAGGUUCAAUACCUUCAGAUGACCCUGCAUCUCUUGAUUCCGGUUUUAAUUAUAGUUCCCAAAGUCUUUGUGCAUCAACACAGUCAGGUGGUGGUGGGAUUGUAGGCAGUUAUUUGUUUGGCCAAAAUAUGGAUUUGAUGCCGAGUUGUAGUAGUGGGUUGAUGGAAGAAAACGAAGAACAUUUAAAGGUUGCUGCCGGACCCGAAAAACACAAAUCAAAGAACUUGAUAGCAGAAAGGAAUAGGAGGACUAAGCUUAAAGAAAGGAUUCAUUCUUUGCGUUCUGUGGUUCCAAAGAUUACCAAGAUGGAUAUAUUAUCAACUCUUGGAGAUUCAAUCUCAUAUAUCAUGGAGUUGAAGAACAAAGUUACAGAUCUUCAGAAUGAGCUCAAGGACAUGGAAGAAGAGGAAAACUAUAACCGUGACGAGCUAGAGGAAUCAGAAGAAUACCAGGAUCCAUCGAUUGACACGACACACGAUAUAAAGGUGCAAGUUGAAGUGAAACGGAUUGGGGCGAAAGAGUUUCUACUGAAUUUCUUUGGCAGACAAACUCAAGGUGGAUUUCUGAAGCUGAUGGAGGCUGUGAAUUCAGCAGGGCUUACAGUAACCAACGCCAAUGUAACGAAUUUCAAAGGGAUGGCUUCGUAUAUUCUCAUUUUAGCGGCUGAUCAUGAGGAAGUUCAAGAACAAGAAGUGAAGGACUUGCUGCUUAAUCUCACACACAGUAACGGUUGAAGAAUUACACCUAGAAGAAGCAAAGGAUCCAGCACCCAGUUCUUCUUCACUUCGGUUUUACAAUCUAACCUUUUAUGUGCAAAAGAAACUCAUUUUACUUGGUUUGUCCCGGAUACAGUUGUUGUAAUUUAGACACUGAUCUUGUUGUAAUAUCCAACUACAGACCUAAGUUGAAGUAAUGACAU